AUGGAAGAGAAAGGGAAAGUGACAGCGAAAUCAAAAACCCUACCCCUACCACCACCGCCGGCCCAUCAUCAUCAUCAUCCCGGAGCAUUACAUUACAUUUUCUCUCUCCUUCGUGGAUUUCAGCGUCAGUUUUUUCAAACUCCUCCUCAUGCCCGCGCUCUCAAGCCCCACCACCCACACCUUUUCUUAGAGAGCGAAACACCGAUUUACAGAUCAACCGCAAACUCCCUCAGAUCUACGGAGACUCCUCUUUCUCGAUUCUCGCGAUAUAUACGAUACCAAAAGGGCAUCAAAGGCGGCUGA